CCAAUGUUUUCCGGACAACCUCGUCACAGCCAGUUUCCAGCGUCGCGUCACUGAAAUUGAAACUAAAACCUUCCUGUACGACAAUGAUACAAGAAGUGUUACAGUGGACAGCCCUUACCUGGUAUCGAAGUCCGGCACCAAUGUUCUGGGUAUUGUUGUCUUCUCCAUCGCCCUGGGCUGUGUGAUCAACAACUUGGGCCCUCAAGGGGAGCCGCUCAAAGCCUUCUUCGACUCCCUUAACUCCGCCACCAUGGUGCUGGUCAAGAUUGUUAUCUGGUACACACCAAUCGGCAUCCUCUUCCUGAUCGCUGGCAAGUUUGUGGAGACGGAAGACAUUGGCAAGGUACUCUCUGAUCUGGGUCUGUACAUGGCCACUGUGCUUGCCGGGUUGGCUAUCCACGGCUUCGUGGUCCUGCCUCUCCUCUUCUUGGUAGCCACCCGCAAAAACCCCUUCAAGUUUGCUUUGAACAUGUCCAAGGCGCUCUUUACGGCCUGGGGAACCGCCUCUAGCCUGACUGCCACAGCAGCUGCCAUUGGAGCGGCUGGUGUUCCCCAGGCCGGUCUGGUUACCAUGGUGAUUGUGCUGACAGCUGUAGGGCUGCCCACUGAAGACGUCACGCUCAUCUUGGCCAUCGACUGGUUCCUAGACAGAUUUCGAACAGCUAUCAAUGUGUGGGGUGACUCGGUAGGAGCUGGCAUCCUCAACCACGUUUUCCGUAGACUUUUCAGAGAACAGGAACAGAAUGCCAUUGAACUGAUGGUUGAUAGCCCGGACUUCAACAGCAACAAUUCGGUUAGUAAGACCAAUGAAAAGGAGGAAGACGACGACCGUCCACCAAGCUACAACGGCGUCACCAACCAGGCUUUCGAGGACACUCCAAACACCUGCCUGUAAAAGAAUUUCACGGACUACCAGGAAAUGGUCACUCCGGAAUACUUGUGUCUGCAAGACCCCACAAGAUGCUCAAUGACCUCUGUUCUCUACCUUAUGCCCAACUUAUGUGAUGUCCUUCACAUGUCCUUCGUAAAGCGAUUGGCUGGAAUCAGAGGACUGCGAGUCGCGAUAGGAAGCGGUUCAUACACGUAAAUGUAUACACAUACAGACACACACACACACACACACACACACACACACACACACACACACACGUGCAUGGAUUUGAUGGUAAGAUAAAAUUAAACCUGUUUUAUUGGUCCUGCAUUGAAAGAAUUUAAAAAAUUAAUUCUGUAUUUUUUUGACCGAGUGAAGACUUGACGGUGACCAGAAAGGUAUUCAUUCCUAGGUUUAUUGUACUUGAUAUCCCGUUUGUUUCUCGCUCAAACUCUACUCAAAGCUUUGCCUUUCAACCCACUACCCCAGCUGCCACCUUUAGAUGACUCAUGGCUUAAGGAUGCUUAGUAAACCCAGCAGUAGAGACGUUGGAGAAAAAAAGAUCACGUUCCAAUUUGUUUGGCAUUUUCUAAGCAAAUGUAAUAGCCUUAUAAUUAUGAUUCUAAAAUGGUCGUGUAUUCCUCCUAUACGUACGUUCACAUGAUAAUAUAUACAUAUUUUUUAUUAAUUCCUUUAGCAGCACAAUUGUGUUGAUAGUUUUGUGUAUUCAGAAGUCUUUACCCGGGCUCAGUUGUUAUCCUGCUGGACUAUAAUAAGGAUGACACUGACGCAAGUCCUUUACGUUGUGUUUUGAAACGUGGUUUUUAGUUUUCGUGAGAGUUUUACGGCACUUACAACACAAUAAAGUCGUACAAGUGCCGAAGAUUGGAGGUGUUACAAGAGGGUGACAAACACAAAAAAGAAGGAGAGAUCCGGACAAUAGAUGUUUGAUAGGAAAGAAGGAGCAAACCACACCAGAGCAUCCGCCAGCCACUCACAAACGUGGUUUGUCCGGACCACUUUGUAGGCUCCAACGCCAACUGUACAAUACAUGUCUAUAACAUAUGACGCUAGAAGUUAAUUAGUAAAAAUGAUUAAAGAAUGACAAGGUUCAAAUAACAGGACUGGCAUAGUCACACUUUUUCAAAUUUGAGAAUAAAGAUAAGAACUCGAUGACGGACUUCAUAUUUCCCCCAUACGAACUACGUCGUAGAAUCAAGCGUUCGUCAAUUUUUGGGCAUCUGGAGUUAUUGGUAUCAUCUUAAAGCUUGUUAUUUUGACGAGCGCCAGAUUUCACCACGAUGCCUCACCAUUGGUUUUGUCAGCUCCUUCAAAAGAUAUCCUGUACGCUUUUCAUUUUAUUCGGUGCUGUGGUCGUCUCACAAUGUAAGAUAUCAGGAAUGACAAAGAUGAGAAAAAGAAUAAAGUAAAUUAAAGGGGCUUAAAGCGCAACUCAAAAUAUCGAAGAUUGUGGCGUUGCUCGUUCUUUUCUUUUUUUAAUUUUUAUUUGAGUCCUGGUUUGCCUAGCGCUGCGUCAGAUUUUAAGCUCAGUCUGUAGUACAGCAAAAUGGCAUUGUAUCGAACCAGUGAGUCUGUUUUAUUCGUUCAUUAAGCAAUAAAGAAAAACAAUGUUAAAACAAUAAUAUGAUGAAAUAACAACGCGCGCAUUAGCCAAGUAGGAAUGCGCGAUUUUUUUUUUCAUGACACAUGUUGCCCCCAAAAGGUUACGAGAAAUCACCGUUUUGAAUCACACUCCUUUCCAGAAACAUAGGGAAGUGUAUAUGCGGAAGGUUUCCUUUGAAGAAAGGACGGGGGGUCUCAGCCAGGGCCUGACAGGAACUCUUGAAAAGUUGAUAUGUUGUUACGACAUGUACAUAAUUCCAAUCACAUUUUCUUUAAUAUUCCUAACAUUUUUGUGUAAAAAUACAAAUUAUGUCACAAUGGUUAUGUUUCCAAUUCAUGAUUUUUACACUUUUAUUCACUAAGCCUACAUGAAAUCCCUUGUAACAAUUUGUUCUAGUGUUCGACAGAGGAGGGGGUGGAGGAGUGGAAGUUGUGGUCGUGGAACGGUGGGACUGGUAUGGGACCCUGGGAGAUGUAGUUUCCUUUACUAUUGAAGAUGUAGAAUAACAACUUUUAAAAAAACAGCCCUGAGUGCUGGCCUUGAACGUCAUAAUGUUUAUAUAUAAGCUUUUACGUUUACGUGAAGUGAACUGGGAACACAGAAGUUUUGCUCCAGUGAAUCUGUCUACGGAGAGAGUAAUCAUUUACCGUGUGCACGUUCCUUAAACCCAUGACGUGUGAACAGUGAGCACCAUGUCCCUAUUUCAGGCCACACUGCACCCCCACCCUAAUGCUGUACCCUACCCACCAUGGACUCAAAGCUCUCCCCCACCCCCCUCCUCACUCUUUUAGAUAAUCCUGUAUUGACAUAAUGCUUCCAAUCAAAUGUAAAUAAACGCACUUCCAUAAGUCAA